AUGGUGCUGCAGGGCGACCCGGGAGGGGCUGGGCGGCGGUGGCUGCUGCCCCGGAGCCUGGCUGCCCUGCUCCUGCUCCUGGCUCUGGGGCACACCUGGACCUACCGAGAGGAGCCCGAGGAGCGCGACAGGGAGGUUUGUUCCGAGAACAGGAUCGCCACCAGCCGGUACCCGUGCCUGAAACCCAGCGGCGAGCUGGCCACCUGCUUCAGGAAAAAAUGCUGUAAGGGUUAUAAAUUUGUUCUUGGACAAUGCAUCCCCGAAGACUACGAUGUGUGUGCAGAAGCUCCGUGUGAACAGCAAUGCACAGAUAACUUUGGACGUGUCUUAUGUACAUGUUAUCCUGGAUACCGGUAUGACCGGGAGAGACACAGGAACAGAGAGAAACCCUACUGCCUAGAUAUCGAUGAGUGCACCACAAGCAAUGAGACUCUCUGCUCUCAAAUCUGUGUUAACACCGUAGGCAGUUACAGAUGUGAAUGUCAUGAAGGCUAUAUCCGGGAAGAUGAUGGGAGGACUUGCACCAAAGGAGACAAAGCCGGGCUUUCUGAGAAGGCUGACAACGUGGUGAAAGCAGGAACCUGUUGUGCCUCUUGUAAGGAAUUUCACCAGAUAAAGCAGACGGUUUUACAACUAAAGCAGAAGGUUGCUUUGCUACCAAACAACGCUGCUGACCUUAGCAAACAAAUCACUGGUGAAAAGGUGCUUGCAUCUAAUGCCUAUAUACCAGGUCCCCCUGGGCAACCAGGACACCAAGGCCCUCCAGGGGCCCCGGGACCGAAAGGAAGUCCAGGAUUUCCUGGAUCACCUGGACCUCCAGGCCAACCAGGUCCUAGAGGAUCAAUGGGACCCAUUGGACCAUCGCCUGACCUAUCGCAUAUUAAGCAAGGCAGACGGGGCCCGGUGGGUCCACCAGGGGCACCAGGGAGAGAUGGUACCAAGGGGGAGAGAGGAGCACCAGGACCAAAAGGGCCACCUGGCCCACCAGGCUCGUUCGAUUUUCUGUUGCUGAUGAUGGCAGACAUCAGAAAUGACAUUGCUGAGCUUCAGGAGCGAGUAUUUGGACACAGGACUCACUCAUCAGCAGAGGAGUUUCCAUUACCUCAGGAAUUUACAAACUAUCAUGACACAGUAGACUUUGGAUCUGGAGAGGACUAUAAGCAAAGAAUUGCACCCAAAGACUCUAGGAUGCACAAAACAGACCAUCAUUAGCUAGGUUUGGUUAUAUAUAGCAAGGAGAGAUGUUCAGAGUGGUAUGGUAUAAAAAUGCACUGAUGAUGUAAAAUAUAUGUAUAAUUUUCCAGUUUUCUCUUUUCUUGUCUCCAUGUCCUCUAGCUUUCUCUAUUUACAGAGACAUCUACUAGUGGUGGUUACAUACAUUCCAGCCUGUGUCAGUUUUUGUGCUUUGUGUAUGUAGACAUUAUUGUAAUGGAGAUUAGUUGGCUAAGCACUAGUUCGAAGUGUCAUACAAUGAGGUCUAAGGUAAACCUGGGAGAUGCGUGUGUCCUAAAAUUACUCCUGCUUGUCCCUUAAAAAUACCCUGCUGUUAAUUCAGUGUAGGCAGUCAGAUUUAUUCAGCAACAGAUUUCUGGCUGUGCAAUGAGAGAAUAUGGUCUAUACGUGAUGUAGGGGUGGGCAAGGGAGCAGGAAACUUACUAAGAGGAAGAACUGGUGUGAAUGAGACAAGUUUGCUGAUUCACACAGAUAAAAUCAACUAACCCUCAUGGUGGCAAACUGACUGUCAGGUUCAGUUAUAUGAAAGGAGUGGCAAUAUACACUGUAGAUGACUAGGGGUAUACUAAAUGAUUCUGAUCUCACUCACACCCGUGAAGGUCAUCCUAUUGAUUUCAGUGGUGAUACACUGAUAUACGUGAAAAUAGAAUGAGGCCUAAGGUUUGCAAAAGAAUUUUCAUCCAAUUUGUUUCUACAGACUGUAGCACAAGCAUCUGCUGUAUGAGUUGAAGGUAACUGGUGUUCUUCAAAGUGUAAUAUGAGUCAACGAUUCCUGUAACAUAUAUAAUGAAGAGGAGUGGUUAAAGGAGUACAUAUGACCAAACACUGUAGCUGAUGCUUGGGAUGCCAUGGGUGAACUCUGGAGAGAGUCACAUCGCUGUCCUGGUGCCAGAGAGAAAAUUGUUGUUUGAAAGCAGGAUUGAAGAAUUAAUAGGGAACCCAUUCCUCACAUCUUUCUAUACUGAAAAGUUGGAUUAACAAGUUAGUGUACCCAGAGUCAUCUACAAUGUAUAUUACCACUCCUGGCACAUUACUGAACCUGGCAGUCACUUUGCCACCAUUAUAGUCUAAACAGUUUUUCCAGUAUAUUAAGCACAAACAUUUUAUUUGCAUGGCUCCUCUCACUACAGUACUUGUAGUGUUAAGAAGACAGCUUCCCUGUGACGAAUGCAAAAGAAAACCCCUCAUUGCUCCACUUCAUCUUCAGGGCUUGUAUGUUCUCCCUAGAGCAAGUAUGGACAGUGAUAUAAGCAGCACCUUUCCAAGAUGCAUGGGUUGGUUGGGAGUUUUGGGGGGCGGGUCCCCUUUCAUGUCUCCCUUCCUGAGGGCAACUACUAUAAUUCCUCUACCAGUAGUACUGUCCACAUUGGCUACACUGCAAUUAAAAUCCAUGGCUGGUCUAUGUCAGCUGACUUGGGCUCGCAGGGCUCAGGC